UGCGACUUGCGUUCUCCCAUCUGACCGUCCGCGGCGGCACUUCUCUUUCUUUCAUCAAGCUUGUACAACAGCUUUCUUCAAGCGAGUUACUCAUUUGGGCUCCAAGUGACCGUCAUCCCCGGCGAAUCUAUCCACCUCACACGACCUGAUGCAUGUCUACUACUACAUCUUGGAUCAAGCGGAAAUCCCGUCUGCACGAGCUUCUCAAAUCAAGAGACGAAGACGAGGCGGGCGUUGCUCUUGAUCGCAUCCUCCAUGGGCAGAGUGUGAUUGGGAAAACCGCCAGGACCGUCGAAAUCGAUGCUCUGCGGUUUCAGGAUGCGGAUCUCCAAUUCGUUGGGACGCUGGAGCGAGGCCAGUUUGGGCUGGUCGAUGUAGUCAAAUGCAACCUCGAUGGUCGGACGUACAUUCGCAAAACCAUCGAGAAACGCUUCGCCUUACGGGCGCGUCAGCAAUGCUCGCCUCAGGCGGAACGCGACAUACUACUACGCGCGCUCAAGUCGGACUCGGUCUGGGCACCGCAUCUGCUGUGCGCAUUCCAGACCACGACCCACCUCAAUCUCGUGAUGCAGUACGGGGACGGGGGAAACCUGUGGGAUGUGCUCGAGUCGAGUUCGUUGAGCGGGCGCGUGACAGAGGAUGAUAUGGCAUGGUGGGCCCCGCAGAUUAUCAGUGCCGUGCAUUGGUGUCACAGCCAGGGAUUUGCGCAUCGGGACAUCAAGCCGCACAAUUUCGUCCUGACGACCGGCGCGCACCUUCUCCUCAUCGACUUUGGGUCUGCUGCGCCGUUGGAGAACGGGCGCCUUGCCAAGAAGCACUGUCUCGUGCCAUGCGGCACUUGCGACUACAUCUCUCCCGAGAUCCUCGAAGCCCACGAGCAGGCCUUGGUUGCGCUUGAGAUGGAGGAAGAUGACUCGCAAGUCGAAGAGGAGCCCUUCGGUUAUGGAUUCGAGACUGAUUGGUGGAGCGCGGGUGCCAUGCUCUAUGAGAUGUUAUACGGUGUCGCCCCGUUCUUUGCCACUGACAUCGGCAAGACGUAUCUCAGAAUCAUUCAGCAUGAGAAGAGCCUCCGAUUUGAUUCCUCCAUUCCUGUCUCUGCCGCGUUACAAGACUUGAUUCGCCGAUUUUUGACCGAUGCUGAUCGUCGCUUGGGAAGAAGAGGCGUUCAGGAGAUCUAUGAUCACCCUGCAUUCUUCGAGAUCAACUGGACUGCUGUUGCCAGUCAAACGGCGCCUCAAGGAUUGCAUCUUCCGCAAUUCACAUAUGCUGCGGAGCCAUCUAUUAUGAUGUCCGAACAUGAUUCAAGCCACUCCCAAGGAUUCGCGUUCUCCGCUCUUUUCCAAUCUUCCCCGAUGACAGCCUCUGGCUCGGCGGUGCAUGCCACCCCCGUGCGAGGUAGUGUCAGCCUACCGCAGGAUGACGCCUUCAUCGGUUUCUCUUGGGGACCAGCCGAAGACGCAUUCCCUGCAGACGUUAAUCCUGCCACGGACGUUGACUCUACCCCAAGACCUUUACGUGUGCCAUCGACACCACAGCUCAGAGGGCAAACUAUCACCCCGUCCUAUUACCCGUUCCUCACUCCAAUCCGACCAGGAUCAGGAACAAUACACCAGACCCUCCCUCGCAGCACGUUGAGACGCACUAGCGGACGGCGGUCUGUGUCCGACCGAGAAGCCAUGAAGCAGCUGGCCGACUGCAUCGGGAUGAGCGCGCGGAAGAAGGUGCUCGAGAGCGGCCGCAAGCCGCGCGUGCUGCCCUCGUUUUCUUCGCAGAAGGCCCUGCGAUUCCUGCCCGCCGUGACCAUCCAGGACUACGCGUCGUCCUCGCAAUACCGGGCGAGACCGAGGGUCGCUGUGUCCGGCUCUGGGGAAGAGACGACGGAGGACGAGUCGGACGGACCGCCGAGCCCCAGCCCCACGCCGCGGCCGGGGAGCGCCAUGUCCAUGAUCUCGCGGCGCAGUGCGACGCCUACGCUGACGGGCACGAUUUCGCUGCGCAGCGGGGCGAAUGCGACGUCGCUCAGCGUCCCCAGGUCGAAUAGGUCCGCCACUGUGAGUCAGGACCAGUCCGCGGACGACGCCGAUGCGCCGUCGCCGCACGCUGCUGCGAUACCGGCGUUCGAGGACAUGUCGAUUGACGAGCUGGAGGCGAGGUUCGCUGUGCUGAUGCAGAAUAUCAUGGGGCUUGAGGACCGGCUGGACCAGGUCUCGCACCAGAUAGGGCGCUAGCCGUGUAUGAGUACGCAAGUGUACUUUUCGACCAUCCAUAGCUUAGACCAUUAGCUUCUAGUUUAAAUUACGGCCUGCAGAUACACCGAACUGCAAUAAGGAUAUGAAAUCAUUCACUGACCGGUCUCCAGAUCGUAAUAUCGAGCAACAUGAAGUUUCGAUGAUAUCAA